UGGUCCGAUCCUGCCCAUCUGGGACCAGUUCUAUUUUGGGUUUCCCUUCCAUAGCGCGCCGCUCGCUUCCGACGCCAGCUGGAUAAAGUCUCCCUCCACCGCCAACCACCACGAAGCCCCUCAAGUGGUUUCUUUAUUUAAGGGCGGCGAUAAUCGGGGCAUUUAGACAGGCUUCCUGCCUUCAAAGUAACUGGGCCCUUAUCAGUUGGCUUCCAACAGCGCCGAGGCGCGCGACCCAGCAGGGGAAGCUCUCCUGCGCAAGCCUCCUGAGCACAUUCGAGAAAAUUUUCCGGGUGGAUGCUGGCCCCUGGACUGGAUUUUACAAGCAGCUGCUAAGAGGGGGCCCGGGGCUUUACAAUGCAAUCAAAUUUAAGCCUACUCAGAAGUAAGCCCCUCCGAGUUCAGUGGGGCUUACUCCCAGAGCAAUUCGUGGAGAAGUCGUCUUGUUCCCAAACGCUCGGCGACUUGCCCGCUUUGGAAACGCCGCCGGGGGAUUUCAGCAGCGCCAGCCCCUCUUCCCUGUGCACCGAGCCCCUCAUUCCCACCACCCCCAUCAUUCCCAGCGAGGAGAUGGCCAAGAUUUCCUGCAGCCUGGAGACCAAGGACCUCUGGGACAAAUUCCACGACCUGGGCACCGAGAUGAUCAUCACCAAAUCGGGAAGAAGAAUGUUUCCGACCAUUAGGGUUUCCUUUUCGGGCGUGGACCCGGAAGCCAAGUUCAUUGUGCUGAUGGAUAUCGUUCCAGUGGACAAUAAGCGGUACCGAUAUGCCUACCACAGGUCCUCCUGGCUGGUUGCUGGCAAAGCAGACCCCCCUCUGCCUGCAAGACUGUACGUGCACCCGGAUUCUCCGUUCACGGGGGAACAAUUGCUGAAGCAGAUGGUGUCCUUUGAAAAAGUGAAGCUAACAAACAACGAGCUGGAUCAGCACGGUCACAUAAUCUUAAAUUCAAUGCACAAAUACCAGCCGAGGGUGCACAUCAUCAAGAAGAAAGACCAUACAGCUUCCUUGCUUAACCUGAAGUCUGAAGAAUUCAGGACAUUUAUAUUUCCAGAGACUGUGUUUACUGCUGUCACUGCCUACCAGAACCAAUUGAUAACCAAGCUGAAGAUUGACAGCAACCCUUUUGCUAAAGGAUUCAGGGACUCAUCUAGACUCACUGAUAUUGAGAGAGAAAGCGUAGAGAGCCUUAUUCAAAAGCAUUCCUAUGCACGAUCCCCCAUCAGAACCUAUGGAGCAGAGGAUGAAGUUCUGGGAGACGAGAACCAAGCCGCCCAAAGCAGAGGAUCAGCUUUUACCACUUCCGACAACCUGCCCCUCAGUUCCUGGGUCUCGUCGACAUCAAGUUUCCCGGGAUUCCAACACCCGCAGUCCUUGACCGCUCUUGGUUCCGGUGCUGCAUCCAUAGCCACGCCGAUUCCUCACCCGAUCCAAGGCUCCUUGCCCCCAUACAGCCGCCUGGGAAUGCCUCUAACCCCUUCUGCCAUUGCCAGCUCGAUGCAGGGCAGUGGCCCGACCUUCCCUUCUUUCCACAUGCCCCGGUACCACCACUACUUUCAGCAGGGUCCUUACGCAGCGAUCCAGGGACUGCGCCACUCCUCUGCGGUGAUGACCCCUUUCGUAUGACUGACCUAAGGCGAGAGAAGCCAAGACUUGGCAGGCAAACCAGCCUGGGCCUGUUGGGAAGGCCCAGGGCGAAACGACUAAGAAAACCAGCUUGCAUAAAGGCAUUGUGGAGUUAGCUCCCUCCUCUUGAAGGAUCCGUGUUAAGGGAUGGUUAAGGGAGCUUGAGUGGCUCUGAAAAUGGGCAUGGCCCAAGGGACUCCAAAUGUUGCAAGGUCUCUGAUUAAACACUGAACUAUCUGAAGGUGCAUCAUAACCACUAGAUGUGAGGCUGCCAUCAUGCAGCAGUGUAUAGUUUGAAUUGUGUAUAGACUUCCCCUCCUGACAGAGGCCAAAGAGGCAAUACUGUGCUGAUAACUUCAUUGCUUUUUAUGAAUGGGGGGGGGGGCGAUAUUUGUUGCUUUGAGCAUGUUUAGGCUACUUCAGCAUUAAGCUCGCUAUGAAAGAAACAGAAGGAAAAGACUGCACCAUUCCCUUCCCCGUACCAUCCUUUAAACGCCGUUAUUUUAAGUAUGGAAUCCAGUUAGUUAAGAACACUGGGCAUAAUCCGCUGGAAUUCCUCCUGCAUGAGCCUUCUUUGAAAUGAAUGGAAGCUGUUUCACCAAACCAUAGAUAAGGUUAACCACAGUUUGCCAAAUUCAGAUGAUAGAACGUGCCAAAGGUUCAUAUAGCUCAGGUGUUUUUUUCUUGGAUACUGACAGCAGCAGGGAGGACUGAUGGUAAAACAGGGUGACUGAAGAUUGCUCUGCAUUCUGUUAUUUUAUUCACAGCUCAUUGCAAAUGUUGGGACAAUUUGUGGGGUACUAAUCUAUGGCGUCUGUCACAUGCACCUCUUACCAUCUGCAAUGGCGCUAUAUCUGGAAUUGGUGAGGUUUAGCACUGUGUUACUUUGAAGAACGUUGUACAAGGCUGAAGAGCGGCAGCUUCAGGCUUCGCCUGUCUGUUACUCAGCCCUGAUCCAUACAUGUUGCUCUGGGGCUGGAUCUUAUGACUAGAUCCCAUGCCUGCCCAGUAAUUUGGUAGGAUCGUAUAAGCAGUUUUGAUACCAGUGUCUGUGGGCCAUAUUGGGUGUGUCCAUGUGGUCCCUGGGGGCCUAUUUAUUUAUUUUUGUACUUUUCCAUCCUGCCGUUCUUCCACCAUGGAACUCAAGGUAGAAUACAUGGGAUUUCCAGGUGAUCUCCCAUCUGGGCAUAUGCCAAAACUGCUUAGCUUCAGCAAGAUGGCUGCCUCAUGCGGACCAAGAACACACCCUUAAUUGAUCACCAGACAUUAUUGAAGCAUUGUGGGAGGCCACAACAGAUAACUGACAACUCCAUUGAUCUGACAUUGUAGCUACAAGGCCUACCUGUGCUAGAAAAAUAUGUGGCAGAGGAACAUUUAGAAGUGGGAGGUUGUUGGCACCUGCUGUUGUUCACCUUCAAGGCCUUCUUCCUUGCAUAAUUGUAUUUUGGAUCAAAAGGUGAGACGUGAAGCGUUUCCUUUCCCUGAUUAUUAUGUAACGCAGAACACUACAAAUUCAGUAGAUAGGCAUCAAGAGUUUCCGUAAUGAGAACGAGCAUGGAAAAACUCAAAGAGGUACCUUUGUGGUCCUUGCUGAAAAUUAGAAAAACGCAAUAGGGAAAACCUCAGUCCUGGAAGGGUGGUGGAAUCCAACCCACUCCCAAUCAGACACCCUGAAUGGGAACACAUAUUUGUAAUAUGGAAAGACCGAGAGGAGCAGAAAGCCGCAUCUCAAGAUGAGUCAACAAUGCCCCAACCAGCAUUUUUUUCAAUUCAUUGUUUAAGCAAGUUCCUAGCUAAAGAACCGAAAGCAUUGAAACUACAUUCUAAAAGGCCCAAUAAAUUUUCAGUUCUCUUGAUUUCUAAUUCCAUAGUAUGAAGAUUUAUCCAAUGGAUAAACUGGGGGCUGCAAAGGAUUGCAACCUUGGUGUUGCCCAAUCCUGUUGAGAAAGAUCUAGAGAACGUUAAGGGAGGGUGGCACCACAAAACCAUUAGCUGUAUGGGGCUGCUUAAAACUGACUCUCUGGCUGCUUUAGCAAUGUGGAGAGCCUGUAGUGUUUAGGAUCUGGCUCUGCA